AUGUCUAAAAUUGAUAAUACCAAGAAGGCAGCAGCUUCAUUAUUUCAUCCAGCAGCUCGAAUAUUAGUGGAUGGUGGAAAUCUAGUUCCUAUUGUUAGUAUUAUAACAUCCCUAUUUCGGGAAAUAAUUGACUUAGUGGAAAAGGCUGGACACAAUAAAAAAGUAUGUAGAAGACUGGCAGAACGUAUACGCGUUGCAAACCAAAUAAUAUCAGAGAUAAAAAAGGAAGAGAAUGACCUAGCUUUUCAAAGUUAUGUUAGAGCAGUAAAGAGAACUAAAGAAUUUAUUAAAGAUAUCAGUGAGUCUGGUUCUUUUAUAAAAUUAAUUACAUCUCAUGAGAUCCAUAAUCAAUAUCAAGAUAUUACUGAAGAUCUUGAUACUGCGAUUUUACAAUUAAAUCUUAUACAAAUUGUGCGAACGCGAAAAGAAAUCGGUGAUGACAGAAAGCUCUUCCAGUCUGAAAUAAAAACAUCCUUGAACGUUAUGGAAGAAGUUAUGAAGGAUGUAUGGGAACAAGGGAUGAACACUCAACAGAAGUUGAUGGCUUUUGAAAAUAAGUUGGAAAAGAUUCACGAAGCUGUUGUCGAUGUUAAUAAAGGAGAAUUACAGCAUUUACAAUCCUCUGAACACUUUAGAAUUGAUUGUAGCCAAAUCACUUGUUGCGACGAUUCUGAAGAAGUGAAAAGAGGUUCAGGCCAAAUAGUGAAAAAGAUGUAUAUCGCUCAGACAGUUUGUCAAAAAGAAAUAAAUAUCUUUCCAUCAAAUCUACACAUUGUUGAUAGACAAGUUGGCAUUUUAAAGGAAUUAAAAAACUGUCAAAAUAUUAUAACAUUUUAUGGCACUAUGCUACGUUCCGGUAAAUUUUACAUUAUUUCAGAAUGGGCUGAAGAAGGUGACCUUAAUAAUUAUUUGAAAGUUCAUAAGAAUUUAAGUUGGGAAUUCAAAAUUAGAAUUGCCUCGGAAAUUGCUGGUGGCUUGGCUUUCUGCCACGUAUACAAUAUUUUGCAUCACGAUAUAAGAAGUCACAAUAUUUUGUUGACAGAAAAUUUGACAGCGAAAAUUUCUAAUUUUAGUUCAGCUCGUAAAGAAACCGAUGCUUCAAGACAAAUUAAGGAUAUUCAAUUAAGAUACAGAUGGUUAGCUCCAGAAAAGCUUAUCAACUAUACCGAAAAUGAAUAUACAAAGCAAUGCGAUAUAUACAGUUUUGCUAUAGUGCUCUGGGAGCUCGCCUCACAGGAAUUACCAUUUGCUAAUAUCCCUCCGAUAAUGAAUCAGAAU